CAUUCAUUUUAUUUGAUUCUAUGGCUGAAAAAUUACUCCAUAUAUCAGCAAAAGAACUUAUAAAUAAAUGUUCACAGGUACCUGAAGAGUUUGACAUGCCUAUGCAAAUAGCAAACCUUAUUGGGAAAACAUUUGUCUUCCAAUUGGAACUCAAUGAUUAUAACCUCAAACAAGGAUGGGAGAUCUACACAGUAAAGAAAGUUUUUGAUCCUGUUAUGCAGAUUGACAAUUCAGUUAAACUUGAUCAAAUAACUGAUUAUUAUAUGAGCGAUGCUACAAAUGAUUCUGACAACAACUUACCAAGUGAAAAAGAUGCUAAUCCUACAAAUGAUGCAAGUCAUGUACAGCUCACACCUAUUGCAGAUCGACAAAAGAGGAAAAGGAAACAAAAACUCCUUUAAUAUGUUGAAACUUAUGUUACAAAUUAUUUCAACUUUUCUUACAAUAAUGCAAUCACCAUUAGGAAGGUGU